AUGUCUGACGCGACAGCUUGCCGCAUCCAUGGCAAGUGUUCGCCCCCAACCUGGUACCUUGCAGCAAAGCACCGCCGAGCAGGUCCUGUAGGCCAGGCCAGCAGCGUAGCUUACUCGUUGCUCACGCUACGGCUUGAGCAUCAAGCUGAGUACGUUUGUCACCUGGAGCGCCUCGAUGAGGGCAUCUUGAAGGCUCUGCAGGACUACCUCACAGAGGCAGAGGAUCCACAGAAACCGAGCCAAGGACAGAUCAGGCAAAAGCCCUUAAAGGGCAUCUCGCUGCCUGGUGUCCGGCGCACCUGGGGAAAAUACGAAGCUCGUGUGAUGUUCUCCGAUCUUCGCGUCCAGUCUUCGAAGACCUCUUCGCAGCUCCAGGCGCUUCGAUGGAGAAACGCUCUGUUCUCUUUGAGGCGAAGGGCUGGGACACGAGGGCCUACUACCGAAACGCAGGCAGUUACAAUCGAAGAGUACUGUGACGAACUUGGGGAGAGCCCAUACCUGAUGUCCCAAUUCACUUGCUACCGGCAGCUGGGCGGAGAGCGUUUCAGCACGCCCACCACGAGCAACCUCCGGCUGGCGCUCAGCUUGUGUAAAGAGCUCCUUGCCAUUAUCAACGAGAUGACGACAGUUCAAACGAAGAAGGCCAUGAUCCGCAGCUGGCGUGUUGAGGCAGCGCAGAGAACGCUUGCAGAGAAGCAGGCGUGGCCGAUCCGCCAAAAGCGAUUGCUCGCUGCGGUUGCAUCAGAGCGCACCAGGCGCAGAUACAAGGUUGGGGGACAGCUUCAGCGAAUGCUCGGUGUGGAUGGGGAUGAUGAUUUUGCUGCCUGCAGACUCAAGGAGUCUUCGCCUAAAUCCUGGGAGCAGCUGCGGUCGAUCUUUCGACGUCUUGUCGGACCGCGGAUGGCGGAGGCCCUCCUGUCGGGUCGUGCACGUGGACAGCUGUUCUCGGACCGCAUGCCGCGAGAUGUGGCGCGGCGUCCGCUGGAAUUCCUGAGCUUGCGUGAAGCUGUCCAUGUCUCUGCAGUCAGCAGAGCCAGUUUCGACGUGUCGUACGACGCGAUCGGGCCACGCCUGAGAUCCUUCGUGUACACUCCAAACUUCGUGGAGCGUCCCAAAGAGUCCCGCGCAGGACGCAUGCUCGCCUCAUCGCCAGAGAAGCAGGUCUCGCUCCUGCUUGGCAUGCUCAGCGCUGCUCACCUUGCAUCUCGCUUCGUUGAGAUAGACCUCCGCAAGGCUCCCCUUGACUCCCAGACCAUGGGAGCUUUCACUAAUCUGCUGCCCGCGCUGGUCUCUCUGUCGGUGCUGAAGCUCAAGAGCUUGGGGAAGGAGUGGCUGAAACUGGAGCCGCCCAAGAUGCUCGAAAAAGUUCCUCCAGGUGCCACCUUGGAGUGCUAUGACGCGAAUGGGUUAGUGGUCUGGGAAGGAUACCGGGCUUCGAGCAUGUGA